AAAACAGUUACCACGUUAAGUUGGAUUCAGUUAAAUUCUAGAGCACAAAAGCUACUGUAGAAUACAAAAUUAAAAAUGUUACUUGGAAUUUUAUCUUUGUUUGCAUCCAUCGGUAUUGCUUUUGCGCAGUACUACCCAACAAAUGGAGGAUUAGGUUACGGACAGUUAUCACCUGGACCACGUUAUCAAGGACCAAUGUAUUCGGGAGUACCUUUGAAUGUGAUGCAAUCGCCCAACUACUACCCAGGUUAUUCUCCCGCAGUAAUGUCUAAUUUACCGAUGCCAGGAGGAAUUAAUCCAGCAUUAUCAAUGCCUAUGCCUAUGCCUAUGUCGAUGCCUGUUGCGAUGGGUUCUAAUGAAAAUUCUAAUGAAAAUGCAAACACCAAUGUUAAUGUCAAUGCAGGGUCAUACAGAAGAAGUCUGCACAGUCCAAGUAAAGAAAGUUCCGGAAACAGAAACACCAACACCAAUACCAAUCUUAAUGCUUAAAAAUUGAAAAGAUUUAUAAAUAUUGGAUGAAUAAAACACUUUAAGGGCAAA